AAAAAAAGAAAAGGAAAGUUUUGGAUAUGGUUUCUAAAAAUUUUGGAUGUGGUUUCCAUUUCUAAAAAAUUCUGUACAGCAUGAUUAAUGAAACAUUUGACCGGUAGAUUUUUUUUUUUUUUUGCUGUGUACAGCUUCCAGAGCAAGAGCAAGUGUCAACCAGUAAUCACCCCCUCUAUAAAUAAUAAUAAUCCAUUACACAAGACAUAUAAAACAUAUCUAAACAACAAAACCGGAAAAUUCAUCUUUAAAAUCUACGCAGAUCAUGGAAACUGGUUUAACCAUCUUGAAGCUGUCCUUGUGCCUCAGCCUAGUCGUGGUUGUAUCGUGUGCUGAGUCAACCAUGGAGAUGCACCUGGGAGUGUGUGACCAGUACGAGUGCCCCACCUACAAACUGGUUGAGGCUGGAAACGGCUAUCAGAUCCGCGUCUACAACUCUGCGGUCUGGAUGGCCACUGCUCCCAUCCCCGCCUCAUCCAUGACUCAGGCCAGCACCACCGGUUUCCAACGAUUAUUUAGUUACAUACAAGGAGAUAACAAGAGCAAGACAAAGAUGGAGAUGACAGCUCCGGUGAUCACACAAGUAAUCCCGGGAAAAUCAGUGUACACAGUCUCCUUCUACCUCCCCAAGAAGUACCAACAGAACCCACCUCUUUCCGAUGCCUUCCACAUGCAGCCAUGGAAACAAACCUACGUAGCCGUGAGGCAGUUCGGUGGAUACGUGUCGGACGAAGCGGCCAAGAAAGAAGUUGCAGCUUUGAUGGCUAGCCUCAAGGGCACUAAGUGGAGCGUGCCCGUUGAAAAGAGCAAAGCUAAGUCUCCAGAUUAUUUGGUCGCCGGUUAUAGCCCACCGUUCCAGCUCAUUGGUAGAGUUAACGAGGUUAUGGUUCCGUUUAACAUGUAAUGAGGUUACGCCCUCACAAUCGGGAUGUUUGCAUUUAUAGCAAUCGGAUUAAGAGAGUGGUUUAAAAGCGAGACUGUAUUAGCUUGCGAUUAAACUGCUUAACAAUAAAAUAAAAAUGUUUAGUAUUUUCAAUUUUAUCA